AUAUUUAGUCUAACAAAUGUUGGCAAGUCUUCCAAGAAUCUUAAUUGUAAACUUUUCCACAGUGAUACAAACAAGCAGUUCGUGUCAUGCGAUGUUGCUGACGUAUUAGUGGAUCCUGAAACCAGAAAACCUACCCCGAUUCCAACAUGGUGGACAGAUGAAUUUGGCAAAGGUAUACCCACAUUUAAACCUCCCGAUCCGCCCUUUUCUGAUGUUGAGAAAAAUGGAGACCUGUAUCAAUCAGAAACAAAGGUGAUGUAUUCUGAUACAGACUCCUAUCAGCAUUGUAACUGGACGUCUUACAUGAAGUUCUCCUAUGAUAGUAUGAUGGACCACCUGAUACGAGGCGGGGGAUAUGAUUGGGUGACACUUGAUGACGUCAAAGCCGGGAUUCGUGACGUCGACAUAUUAUACCGGAGCGAGGCUAUGCUUGGAGACACACUGACUGUCCAAUCCUGGAGCACACGUGGUGAUAAAUGUGAAAACAAAGAGAAAUCCUUGUUGUUUAAUGUUCUCAAUGUUGGUACGUCAUGUUUUCAAGCUAAAAUGACAUUUUUCUCUCCAAAUCCAAGUUUAAAUGCGCAUUCAGCAUUGUAAAGCAGUAUCACGUUUAGCAAAAAAAAAAGGAUAAAAGGAUUUAGCUUUUGUAACGUUUUCGUUCAAUGAUAGUUUUCCUAGUUCCUAUCAAAAUAAAUGAUACGACUGUAUUUAAUAAGUGAAUGUAUAUGUACAUAAUUAUACAACCCAUUCGAGAUGUUCAUGGGGGAAUUAAUCCUUGCCAUUGGGUUAACUCAUUCGACGAGUAUAAACUGAUUCUUUUCCAAUUCACUGCUUACGGUGAUCAAAGGACUGUGAGUGCUGAAACGGAAGAUAUUUUGUUUUUAAAAUAUAAAUAACAACUAAAAUAAAAAGGUUCUUACGUAAAGACUAAACUGUUUUUUUCAAAUUACAACAGCAGAAUUAUGACUGGAGACACAAAUACGAGCAUAAACUCAACAGGCAUAACAACAUAGCCAGCUCGCCAUUCAUAUUGAGUAAAAAAUGUAUCCUUUGGCGAGCCAGCCCAACCUUCAUAUCAUAAGACAAGAUUCCACGAAUCGGAUGUGUUGCCUGUCAGGAACACCUACAGUCUUUGUAGUCAAGGUCACCAUGACACUGACCUAUUUACCCCUAAAUCCAUAGGACUUAUCUAAUGAACAUGAAUAAUUAGCGUAUAAAGUUUUAAGUUUCCAAGGUUUCAUGUUAUUUUCCUGAAUAAGCCCUAUAUGUCAUAAAUAACAACCCCAUUUUUACAACUCCGCUGUUGAUUCGGCUUGUGCCGAUUUCGACUACUGGAAUAUGCGCUUAGGUAAAUGGUAUGUUUAUUUCCAUAUAAAAUUCACUUAUAUUCCACGCAUGCUUGCUGAUACCAUAAUUAUGAUGUGAGAUAUCGUAUGCAUAUAUGAUUGAUUUAUAGUUCAUUAUAACAUGCGAAUAGCUAACGUUUAGAGAAUAAAUCAAUGAAAAAGUAUUUCCCUUGUUUUUUUAUUGUAUUCAAUGGCGAGAUGAAAUAAUAUCAGCCGCUUCCCUGUCUGUCCUGGCUGGAUUACGCGUUUGUCCGUGGUAACCAGCCAUAGCUUGACCACUCCUACAUGGUCUUACAUAACCUGCCCGAAAAUUAGUGGUUAAACGUCUGCUUCGGGUAUGGAAGUUCACAGGCUCAAUCCCCGACCGCGCCACACCAGAAGAAAGUGUUCAAAUUGGUAACAGUAGGUAGGAACAAACAGAUCCAUGCGCUAUACCCUGUCUCUCUUUGAAUGGACAUCCCAGGUUAUAUAACAUAAUAAUGUUCAUGUACAAGGUGUUAUAUUUAUUAUAUAAGUAUUUCAGGCAGAAUAUCUCGAUUCUGUUAUUAAUUCAAGCUGCUUUAAAUACAUUUUGAUUUAUGAAAAUGAGAAUGAAAUAUCUAGUGCUUAAUUUAAUGCAUAAUUUAAACUAUUAAAAUAGUUUGACGUAAUUGGAUGUUAGAAAGGUUGCUAAUGUAAAGAUAGAGACGAAAGUAGAGAAU